AUGCAUCCAACAUUUUGUCCUCUCACGCACGCUCACUUCCUAGUUCCUACAGUGUCACGGGCAUCUUAUAAAAGCAACGCCCUACCAUUUACGAACUUGUGGAAGUUAUCUCUCUCUCUCUCUCUCUCUCUCUCUCUGAAAACUGCCAUGGCCACCGUGGCCCAGUCCCUCCUCUUCCUUGUCUCUCUCCAAGGCCUCCUCACGCUCUCUUUCGCGGCCGCCGCCGCUACCGCCGCCGCUAGAAGGACCUACAUCGUCCACAUGAGCCACCAUGAGAAGCCCUCCCUCUUCCCCACCCACCACGAGUGGUACCUCUCCCGCCUCCUCUCUCUCCCCUCCUCCUCCUCCUCCUCCCCCUCCUCCCCCACCCUCCUCUACUCCUACUCCGCCGCCUACCCCGGCUUCGCCGCCUCCCUCGACCCCUCCCAGGCCGCCUCCCUCCGCCGCUCCCCCGCCGUCCUCGGCGUCUACGAGGACGCCGUCUACUCCCUCCACACCACCCGCACCCCGGAGUUCCUCGGCCUCUCUGCCGAGCUCAGCGCCCACGAUCCGAACCCGGACCCCAGUUCCGCGGACGUCGUCAUCGGAGUCCUCGACACGGGCGUCUGGCCCGAGUCCAGGAGCUUCGACGACUCGGGCAUGCCCGACGUUCCCGCCCGGUGGCGCGGCCAGUGCGAGUCGGGCCCCGACUUCGACCCGAGACUCUGCAACAAGAAGCUCAUCGGGGCUCGCUCUUUCUCCAAAGGCUAUCACAUGGCCUCGGGUGGCAGUUUCUUGAAGGACCCGAAAGAAACGGACUCGCCCCGGGACCAGGAGGGGCACGGGACCCACACCGCAAGCACGGCCGCGGGGUCGCGCGUGGCGAACGCUAGCCUCCUCGGCUACGCCAGCGGGACGGCGCGUGGGAUGGCCACGCGGGCCAGGGUGGCCUCCUACAAGGUCUGCUGGAGGAACGGCUGCUUCGGGUCGGACAUCCUCGCCGGCAUGGACCAGGCCAUACUGGACGGCGUCGACGUCCUCUCCCUGUCCCUCGGCGGCGGGUCCGCGCCCUACUACCGCGACACCAUUGCCAUCGGCUCGUUCGCUGCCGUGGAGAGAGGCAUCUUCGUCUCCUGCUCCGCCGGCAACGCUGGGCCGGCACGGGCCACGCUCGCCAACGUGGCGCCGUGGAUCAUGACCGUCGGCGCCGGCACUCUGGACCGGGAUUUCCCUGCUUACGCUGUUCUUGGCAACAAGAACCGGUUCACCGGGGUGUCGCUUUACAGCGGGCCUGGAAUGGGGAAAAAACUGGUCGGUCUGGUUUAUGACAAGGGGUCCGAUGGCUCGGGCAACUUGUGCCUGCCCGGUUCACUUCAGCCAGCCUUGGUGCGGGGAAAGGUGGUGGUGUGCGAUAGGGGAACCAACGCACGCGUUGAGAAGGGCUCGGUCGUACGUGCUGCGGGUGGGGUUGGGAUGAUACUCGCGAACACCGCGGCGAGCGGCGAGGAAUUGGUGGCGGACAGUCACCUGUUGCCUGCCGUGGCCGUAGGGAGGAAGGUGGGGGAUCUGAUCAGGGAGUACGCAAGCAGCAACCUGAAUCCGACCGCCACGAUCGGCUUCGGAGGGACCGUGUUGGGCGUGCAGCCGUCGCCGGUGGUGGCGGCAUUCAGCUCGAGAGGGCCCAAUCUGGUGACGCCACAGAUACUGAAGCCCGACGUGAUUGGCCCGGGGGUCAACAUACUGGCGGCCUGGUCGGGGGCGGUCGGGCCAACCGGGCUGGAGAAAGAUACGAGGAAGACCCAGUUCAACAUCAUGUCAGGCACAUCCAUGUCGUGCCCGCACAUCAGUGGCCUCGCGGCACUCCUCAAAGCCGCGCACCCGAAUUGGAGCCCGAGUGCAAUCAAGUCUGCACUCAUGACCACCUCCUACACGCACGACAACACCAAUUCUUCUCUCCGUGAUGCUGCUGGAGGCACGUAUUCCACCCCUUGGGCACACGGCUCGGGACACGUCGACCCCGAGAAAGCCCUCUCCCCUGGCCUGGUGUACGAUAUCUCGACUGACGACUAUGUCGCUUUCCUCUGCUCGUUGGACUACACCAUCGAUCAAGUAAGAGCGGUGGCCAAGCGCCCCAAUGUCACGUGCUCACGUAAAUUCGCAGACCCCGGUCAGCUGAACUAUCCGUCCUUCUCGGUCUUGUUCGGGAGCAAGAGGAUCGUGAGAUACACGCGCCAACUGACCAACGUCGGGGCUGCAGGAUCAGUUUACGCAGUGACAGUGAUGGGGCCACCGGCUGUGGAGGUUACGGUGAAGCCCCCCAAGUUGGUGUUCGCCAAGGUCGGGGACAGGAGGAGUUACACGGUGACCUUCGUGUCCAAGAAAGGCAUGAAUCAGACGGUUAGGUCAGAUUUCGGUAGCAUUGUCUGGAGCAAUGCUCAAAAUGAAGUUCGGAGCCCAGUCGCGUACGCAUGGACCCAAAUCGGAUGAGGGGCUGGCUGAUGUUCGAGGUUGCUUCGGGCUCUGCUUCGGCCUUGCAUCAGCUAGAGCAACGCGGACUGCAAUGUGAAGGGUUGUUUGGAAGAGAAAGUGGCGGUGAAUUACCCGUGGUUGAUGGACUCAGGAUCGGCAGCGACUUUGGCGAGUCGAAGGUUGACGGACAGAGUGUGAGAUUUGUAUUAGUGUGACUGUAAAAGUAACGUAGUAGAUUGAAUUUGUAAAACAUCCAGAAGAAAAUGAACUCUGGAUGUGAAGCUUCUGGGACCAUUCUCUCGUCAAGAAGAGAGUAUCAAGAGACAAUAGUGUCAGUCAAUUACAAUAUACUAAGUAAGAAACAAAUUACAAUGUGAAAUAUGACUGGCUUGGGCAAGCGAUCUCCCUCAAA